AUGGAGUUUUCCAAAAAAAAACGGACUCAUUAUAUUGAGAUGAUUCUACAACGGAAGUUUGUAGAUCCCAACAUACAAGACGAAUUUGGAAGAACAGCACUGUCGUGGGCGGUACGACAUGGAGAUGAAGAGACAGUCAAGCAACUUCUAGGUACAGGGAAGGUCGACCCUGAUACUAAGGAUGAAAACGGAUCCACGCUGCUGCUGUUAGCAGCACAACAUGGACAUGAUGGGGUGGUUAAGCAGCUUCUAGACACAGGCAAGGUUGAUGCUGAUGCCAAGGACAAGAACGAAUGUACACCGAUUUUGCGGGCAGCAUACAACGGACACGAGGCGGUGGUUAAGCUGCUACAAGAUGUAGGCGGAGGGCAGAGGUGGCGCAGUGGGUUUUCUUCCGGACACCAAAAUACUUUUACUACAAGGCCAAGGAAUCCGGCCAGUGAAUAA